CUAAAAUGGCAAGUGAUGUGUGAGAUUAACAUAAAAACCAACAACAACAAAGUGAUGCUUCAGAUCUGGCAAGCGAGUCAGAAUCGAGGGAUACAGGUGCAGGUAAUGCACAUCGCUCGAAAACGCUUCACUUUCCAGACACUGGCCAAACUAGCAAGUGAUAUAGGUGUGCAUCUCUCCACUGCAGACCCUUCAGCGCAUCACUCUGCAUCUCCCAGACCAUCUCGGCACCAAGGAGUCUGUCUGUCUGUCUGCCUGCAUCUCCCAGACCAUCUCAGCACCAAGGAGUCUGUCUGUCUGCUGGUCAAAAUGCUUGACCACUUGCUCACUGGGAUGGAGAAGAGCCUGGUGGUCAUCCUUCUGCUCGCAGGGCUCUGUGAAGACGCUUCCUGCCACAACAGAACAUACAUUCCAGUGAAAACUCUAAAACGCUGGGCUGAAGCUCGUAGCUACUGCAGAGAGAAGCACACAGACCUGGUGACUGUGCACAGCCUGGAAGAACAACAGCAGAUCCUGAAUGUUGCAAAGGAUUACCAGUUCUGGAUCGGGCUGUAUCGGGACAGUGAUAACUGGCAGUGGUCCACUGGAGAUGCGGUCAGCUACACUAAGUGGGUGGCUGGUUCUGACUGGCUCUUCUGUGCUACAGCCAAUGCAGCAGGCAGCUGGGAAAAGUCAUAUUGCCGUGAUCUGAAACCUUUCAUGUGCUACAACGAAACCAGCAACAUCUCUGAGAGAUACACCCUGAUUAGCACACUGAAAACCUGGCCUGACGCUCAGCAGUACUGUAGACAACACCACACCGACCUGGUCAGUAUAAAUAGCGCCAUUGAAAAUGAAGACAUAAAGAAGAAAGCUCCGGCCAGUCCCUUCUGGAUCGGCCUGUUCAAUAACCCGUGGACAUGGGCUGACGGUGGGAACUCAACAUUUCAAAACUGGAAUAUUGGUCAACCAAAUGGUGGCAGUGAGAAAUGUGUUUUAAUGUAUUCCCCUAACCAAGGGAAAUGGGAGGAUUUGGCUUGCGGCUACUGGAAAUACUUUGUUUGCUAUAAAGGGCUUUGUGAAAACGCUUCCUGCCCCAACAGAACAUACAUUCCAGUGAGAGAUAUAAAAAGUUGGACUGACGCUCGUAGCUACUGCAGAGAGAAGUACACAGACCUGGUGACUGUGCGCAGCCUGGAAGAACAACAGCAGAUUCUGAAUGUUGCAAAGGAUUACGAGUUCUGGAUCGGGCUGUAUCGGGACAGUGAUAACUGGCAGUGGUCCACUGGAGAUGCGGUCAGCUACACUAAGUGGGUGGCUGGUAUUGACACACUCUUCUGUGCUACAGCCGAUGCAACAGGCAGCUGGGACAAGUCAUCCUGCCGUGAUCAGAAACCUUUCAUGUGCUACACCGAAACCAGCAACAUCACUGAGAGAUACACCCUGAUUAGCACACUGAAAACCUGGUCUGACGCUCAGCAGUACUGUAGACAAUACCACACCGACCUGGUCAGUAUAAAGAGUGCCAGUGAAAAUGAAGACAUAAAGAAGAAAGCUCCGGCCAGUCCCUUCUGGAUCGGUCUGUUCAAUAACCCGUGGAAGUGGGCUGACGAGGAGAACUCAACAUUUCAAAACUGGAACAUUUUUGAACCAGCAGGUGGCUAUGCUAAAUGUGUUUUAAUGUAUUCCCCUAACCAAGGGAAAUGGGACGAUUGGCCUUGCGACGACUGGAAAUACUUUGUUUGCUAUGAUGAUUCAAAUUCCACAACCACAGCACCAGAAACCACAGAACAAUCAACUGAAACCACAGAACAAUCAACUGAAACCACAGAACAAUCAAUUGAAACCACAGAACGACCAACUGAAACCACAGAACGAUCAACUGAAACCACAGAACUAUCAAGUGAAACCACAGAACGACCAACUGAAACCACAGAACGAUCAACUGAAACCACAGAACGACCAACUGAAACCACAGAACGACCAACUGAAACCCAGACCUCUCCAGGACCAGAAUCAAGUCCGGCAGCCAAAGCUCCAGGAACUACAAAACCAUCAACUGGAACCCAGACCUCUCCUAAACCAGGAAAACGCAGGCAGGUGGUGAGGAUUGAGAUAAAUGCAGCAGAGGGAUUGGACCCUGAAGACCCAAAGAUCUCAAAUGCCAUUUUAGCUCAGCUUCAAGAGCGCUUACCCAAAGGCAUGACGCUGCGCUGGAAAAAGAAAGACGGGAAGAUUUUCCACAAGCAGGAAGAGGAGGAGGAGGAGAAGGAGACGGAGACGUGCUCCAAACCCUGAGAUAGCACAGCCUGGCCAGCACCCCAAAUUCACUGACCUGCUUUUAGAUUAUUAACCUUGCUUUUAAAGGGAUAUUUUACAUUUGCAUUGUCUGAGUGAUUCAUUUCUUAUAGCUGUUUAAUAUGACUUUAGUGUUCUCUACCGGUGUCUAUUUCAAUUACUGCUCAGAUGCAUCCAGAACUAUCAAACCUUCAACGGUGCUGAAUUUAGAAUGAUUAAACCCAAAUUCAGUGACAAGAUUUGAUUAAGUCUUUCUCGGUGUCUUCAAAAUAUGAAAAAUGCGUCAUGGCAUUAGACAUGACAGAUGCACACCCCCUAGUGGUCAUUUCAAACAACUUCAGCAUUAAUUCAUUCAUCUUUCAGGAGUCUUAUCAUGAGCAGCAGCAGCCUCUGUGGUUGAAAAAGGACAUCAAUUCAGUAAGCCUGGUAAAGAACAAUCCAAGUAGAAAUAGCAAAAAAGGAUUAUACAGAACACUCGUAAUAGGAUAUAAAUCUCUUUAAAUAUUAUUAUCAUUACUAUUUUUUAAUUAUAUACAAUUAUUUUAGUUUGAAGGUCUAGUGUGGUCAGGCUGAUCUCAGUGCAUGUUUUGGGAGAUGGAUUAUUGUUAAGAAUUUUUAUUUCACAUUUUAAUUCAAGGGUGUCAUGGUGUGUCGUGCGUCUCUUAUUUAGAGGUGUUGCCUCUUGCAGUUUGAGGGGCAACAGUCUUAGGAAACAUUUGAUUGGUGUGUUUUAAUCAGGCAAUAGAACCCGAAGGAGAGGGCUUUAUCGUGGGGUAAGCCCCGCCUCGUGGCGUGAAAUGUCCCGAGCCGAAAGCGAGGGCGACUCACACAUAACGAGAAGGAAAACGUUUAAAUAACGACAAUUAUUUUAAAUGGUACAUUUAAACAGCAUCUUAGAGAGGUUUACAAGACAUGGCUAUUGUGGAAUACAAUAUAAUGAGAGCGCAAACACAUCAUACAGCAGGUUAAUAGGGUAGAAAUAUAUUUGCAUUACUUAUUAAAUUAAUGUCCACCAAGUAAUCUCAUUAUUAUUAUUAUUAUUAUUAUUAUUAUUAUUAUUAUUAUUAUUAUUAUUAUUAUUAUUAUUAUUAUUAAUAAUAAUAAUAAUAAUAAUAAUAAUAAUCAUCAUCAUUGUUUAUUUGUGUUCAUUUAUGUUUUUCGGACCUGCUCUUAGUUGUAUUCUGUUAUUAGUGGUUUAUUAUAGAAAUUAAUAAAAUAAGGGAAAUGUUUAUUAGAACGACAAUUAUUUAAAAUGGUAAGUUUGGAGAGGUUUACAAGACAUACAGUUUAAAAGGCAAAACUUUCCAAAGAAAUUCUGUCUGUUUGUAUUUCUCUACGCAAAAUGUAGAGGAACACUUCUGGUAAUGGAUAAAUUAAUGGGCUACAAAUUAUCAUUAUUAAUAGUAAUAUUUUUUCAUUUAUGUUUUUUUGGACCUGCUGUUAGUCAUAUUAUGUUAGUGGUUUAUUAUAGAAAUUAAUAAAAUACGUUUGAUC